GGGUCUGUCCCCACCACGGCCAUGUUUAUCAUGGUGAUGUUCGGAGCUGGCUGCUGGGAGCUGGUGAACAUCUGGUGCAGCCUCGGGACCCUCACUGCCCACCUGAGGCAGAGGUGCAAGGUGCCCCCUGACGCAACCAUCGCCCUGCUGGCUGAGGACGGGCACCUGGUCAACCUCGUGGAGGGGCUGGAGGAGGGGCCUUCCCCGGCGCCCUCCAUGACCAGCCCCCUGCUGCAGGAGCGGGGAACCUAUGUUCUGGUGCAGAUCAUCAAGGGGGAGGGAGGGGACCCCACGCGCUAUGAGUCCCUCCUGGAGAACCUGGAUGGGUGGUGUCCAGAGAUGGCUGGUGAGUGUCACAGGAGAGCCUGGGGGUGGGGGCGCCUGCCCGCCCACGCACUCAAGCAGGGCAUCCUGGGCCUCACAGAGGAGCUGCGCUGGCGGUCGGGCCUGCCCCUCCAGGGCGACGGCCGGAGGCGGCGCCUGGGCACUCAGCGUGGCCACCAGGAGCAAGGCCCUCCUUCACGGCCCCGAAGGGUGGGCUCCCUACUGUCCUGGACCCAGGAGCCAGGGCCUGGAGCCAGGCCCCGUGACCUGACACAUCACAGCCAAGUGGCCGAGCUGGACUGAGAUCCAAGGGCGCUGGCCGUGACCUCUGCUCGUGUGGUCAGGUGCAAAGGCCCGAAGCAUUUCUCCUGCUAAAUUUGCAAUUACGGGGAAAUUGCAUCAGCAAGAGGGGCAAGGUCACCGGCAGAGCGUGAGGCCACCGUGGGGCCCCCAGGGACAAGAAGGGUGGAGGGGCGGGGGUCCCUGAGAGGAGGCGGCAUGCUCCUUCGGGGUCUCCAGCCGGCCAGAGUCGGACGCCCUUGAGGCUUGAGGUCAGCGGUUAAUGCCUCACCGUCCGGUCAGCGCUGCCUAUAGGAUUACGCAGGAUGACAAGGGCGACCUCCGCACUCGGGACAGCAGCUGAAGGGGCGGCACCCCACCCCGCAGCAGGACUUCCAUCUCCCACCACCCUGCCCCCUGCAGACAGUCCAACGAGAGGGGACACAGCAGGCUUGGCUAAA